CCUAUGAAAUGGCGUUCAUACGCUGUAGCAUUCUGUUAUUUGUAGUUGUCGUGCUCAUUUAGGUGGGGUUUCUUACUUAAUUCCUUGUUCACUUGGUCACCUUCUGAACGAGAUACAUACACGUAUAUUUACACAUUAUAGAGGUUUCCAACAAUAAUGUGGUGGAGCUAUUUGUAAACAAAUUAACCUGCCUUUUAAGGCCUCGUCCACCCCCGGGCUUUUGUGGGGAUUUCAACCGUUCUUCGAUGUCUGGCCCAGCCGCUACCCGUUUUAGGUUUCCCAGUGAAUGCAGUGUGCCAUGUUUAUCAGAAACGGGCAUCUGACAGUGAAGUGUCCGAAGGGGUAGUUCCCCAGUACCGUUCCCUGUUAAAUACAGCGCAGUCCAGGCUCUGUAUUCAGAUAGCCCAUUUAAUCUUCCCUGCCUCUUGGAUUUGAUUCUGACCUCAUCAAGUGGGUUGAUAUCUUGAGACUCUGCAGUUUCCCCCCCUACAUAGACUCAGGAUGGCAUCAGUACCGGUGUAUUGCUUGUGUCGCCUACCUUACGAUGUUACACGUUUCAUGAUUGAGUGCGACAUUUGUCAAGACUGGUUCCAUGGAAGCUGUGUUGGAGUGGAGGAGGACAAGGCUGCAGAGAUUGACCGGUAUCACUGCCCCAACUGUCAAGUCACCCAUGGGCCUUCUGUCAUGCGUAAGCGGCGUGGGGGAAACAAGCAGGCAGAUGGUGGCCCUGCUGGAGGAAGAGAUCCUACACGGCCUGUGAAAACAGGCAGCCCACAGUUUGUCAGGGAGCUACGGAGUCGCACCUUCCCAAGUGCGGAUGAGGUGCUGCUUAAGCCAUCAGGUGCCCAGCUGACAGUGGAGUUUCUUGAGGAGCGUUCCUUUAGCGUUCCUGUCAUGGUGCUGAGGCGGGACGGCCUGGGCAUGAACUUGCCUCCGUCCUCAUUCAGUGUCAGCGAUGUAGAGCACUACAUUGGUGCAGACAAAGAAAUUGACGUGAUUGAUGUAUCUCGCCAAUGUGAUCUGAAAAUGCGAUUGGGAGACUUUGUAGAGUACUACAACAGCCCCAACCGAGACAAAGUGCUCAAUGUAAUCAGUUUGGAGUUCUCUGAGACCAGACUCUCCAACCUGGUAGAAACUCCAAAGAUAGUAAGGAAACUGUCAUGGGUGGAAAACCUCUGGCCAGAGGAGUCUGUUUUCGAACGACCUAAUGUGCAGAAGUACUGCCUGAUGGGAGUGAAGGACAGCUACACAGAUUUCCACAUCGACUUUGGAGGAACCUCAGUGUGGUAUCAUGUCCUGAGGGGCGAGAAGAUCUUCUACCUGAUCUCUCCUACUCCUGCCAAUCUAGCCUUGUUUGAGCGCUGGAGUUCUUCAUCCAGUCAGAAUGAAAUGUUCUUUGGAGACCAAGUUGACAUGUGCUACAAGUGCUCUGUCAAACAGGGAAACACCCUGUUCAUCCCAACAGGGUGGAUUCAUGCUGUUCUGACUCCAGUAGACUGUCUGGCUUUUGGAGGGAAUUUCUUACAUAGUCUCAACAUUGACAUGCAGCUACGGGCGUAUGAAAUUGAGAAGAGGUUAAGCACAGCUGACCUGUUCAAAUUCCCCAACUUUGAAACCGUGUGCUGGUAUGUUGGAAAGCACUUACUUGAUACAUUCAGAGGUCUAAGAGAAAACCGUAGGCACCCUGCGACAUAUCUGGUCCAUGGAGCCAAGGCCCUCAACAAUGCCUUUCGCAGCUGGACACGUAAAGAGGCUUUAGCUGAACAUGAGGUGGAGAUUCCAGAGACCAUCAAGACUCAGCAGCUAAUAAAGGACUUGGCCAAGGAGAUUCGCUUGGUUGAGGACAUCUUCCAGCAAAACAUUGGCCGCACUGGACCCCAAUUUCCUGGAUCUCCGCUCUCCAAAGCGCCCCUAAACACUUCCCAGAAUUUAGGCCGUCCCCCAGGGAAAAAGCGAGGUCCCAAACCCAAGGAUGGGGUAGGGGGUUUAGGACCCCCAGGAACCAAGAAGAAGAGCCAGAAAAGUCUGCUCAAGGCAGAAGCAGGAGAACUAGACCUCCUUGAGAUCCACACCAAACACACACUUAAGAAAUUUCAACCUGGCACGUCCAAAAGCAAGAAUAAGUUGGAGUUACCAUUAGAGGAUUUUGAAGGAAAGUUAAAUAAAAGCAAGCUAAAAUUGGUACUGACCAAUGGUAAAAUUCAAGGGAAGAAGGGGGGUCGUUCAGGUAGCAGUAAUGGUGCUGGAAGUGCUGGAAAAUACCAACAUCUCGCAAUGGAGGGAUCCAGCCUCUCUGACUUGGAGUCUGAGGAUGAGCUACAGAUUGAUGAGACUCCCCCUCCAAGACGCAAGCCUGCAGCAGCUGGCAAGAACAAGAAACUAAGUGGUCUACCUAGGAAGCUACCCAGAGCCAAGCCCUGCUCUGAUCCCAAUCGAAUCAGGGAGCCAGGAGAAGUGGACUUUGACAUUGAGGAGGAUUACACCACAGAUGAGGAAGCACUGGCAGUCCAUGGAGUAAAGGGUGGAGCUGGGGGAAUUCUAGACUUGUUAAAGGCUAGCAAGCAGGUGGCAGGCUUGGACUCUGCUGCACUCAGUGAGGAAGCCCCAGCCUCUCCCAGCACUUGUGAUGCCAUUCAAGGCAUGCUCUCCAUGGCUAACCCUCCGUCCUCAUCAUCCUCUUCUUCCUCUUCAUCUCCCCUCUCAAUUACUGGGGGCCUGACUGAGGGACUGGGGGUGGUCAAGGAGAAGGGAGGGAGGACUGUGUGGGUGACUGGAGGGGUAAAAAAGACAGGAGGAAGUCCUGAGAAGAAGCCAGUCAUCCAACAGCGUCCUGGGAAACGACCAAUUAAACGACCAGCCCGUCACCUUAGCGAUGAGGAGAGUCCAGAUGAGCAGGAGACUCUUGGCACCUGUUUUAAAGACUCAGACUACGUUUACCCAUCUUUAGAGUCUGAUGAGGAGGACCAUGCUAGCAAGGCCAAGAUGAAGCGGAAGAAAAACUGGGACGACACACCUUGGAGCCCUAAAGCCCGGGUGAUGCCCACCCUUCCCAAACAGGAGCGGCCAGCCAGGGAAGGGGCACGAGUGGCAUCGGUGGAAACUGGCCUUGCUGCAGCUGCUGCCAAACUAGCACAACAGGAACAGCAGAAGCCUGCGAAGAGGAAAUACACCAAAAAGCCACGUCCCUCUACGGCUGUAGCCCCACCUACACCUGUCCAGUCAGAGCCAGCUCCACCCUCCCCGCCACCUGUUGCAGCAGAGUCAGUGACAGAUGACAGCCCAGACAGGAGGAUGGAGUAUUACUCUGCUAGCCUACUGGACCAUGAAUAUACUGCAGGACCAGGACCCUUUGGUCCUGGAGGCCCUAGAGGUGGUGGAGCCAUGGCCCCUGGUGUUUUCCUCACUUCCAGGCGACUUUCCCUCUCUCCCCAAACCAGCAGUGCUUACUCUCCGUUGGGGGCAUCUCCUGCAGGGCAAACCAGUCAAGGCCCCACCGGAGCUGGUCAUGGGAAACGUCCAAAGAAAGGACUUGCAACUGCAAAACAGAGACUGGGCAAGAUUCUGAAAAUUCACCGCAAUGGUAAACUUCUUUUGUAAGAGAUGCUGGAAAGGUGGCUGAAUAUUUUAGGAAUGAGAAUGAAGAAUAAGUCUUUUAUUACAAAGGCUUAAAGGAAGAGACUGCUUCAAGAGAAUGUUUUUUUUAAAAAUAUUUUUAAUAUAAAAGAAGCUGUUGUCUAUGGUUUCACUUAUUUCAUCUUCUCACAUUCUGUCAUACUUAUUUUCCCCAUAAAACCUAACAAUUUACUUUGACAUUGUACUACCAUGUAUGCCUAUUUCGAGAAGCAUGCUCAAAAAGUACUGUGCUGCAGAUAUUUUUUUAAUCUGUUUUUUUCCUCAAAACCUUUUCAACGUGGUAAUUGUUGAGUUAAUCACAUAGUCUGAGCAAGAUAUACUGAAAAUAAUAUGACAGGCACACUUAACAUAUACCUAGUAAGACUACCCAGCGCUUUCAUUUGAUAUAUAUAUAUAUAUCUAUAUAUAUAUAUAGAUAUAUAUAUACACACCCACACACACACACACACACACACACAUCUUGUUUAGACUAUUUGAUUGUGUCUGUACUUGGGCAAAAAGGUUAUGAUGUUCACUAUGAAAUUUUAAAAGGGAAAGAAAACAUCUUACUGUCAUGUUUGGUAAUGUAUUGUCUAAAUUGUAGUUUAUCUAUUGUUGGUUUGAUAGGUAUCUCCCCCUAGUUGUAUUUUAUUCAUUUUACCUCAAGGAAAUGGUCUUGCUGAGAAUACAAUUAAAAGACAAGUUUAAAAUUAACUUGGCAAAAUCAUGUGUGUACAUGGCAAAUGUCCAGUAUGCACCAUGAUUAGUGAGUUAAUUUUUCAUAUAAUCAGAAAUAUGUCCCAGGUGUUUGUAUCCACUCACUCACUCUUUCUUUCAUAGAGCCAUGACACUUUAAUAAGUGUUGAGCUUAUGCCAAAAAAAUCUUGCCCAAGAUGACAUAUUAUGCUAUUUUAUUUGUACAAAUUAUAUUUAUUUAAUAUAUCAGCAUUUUGCCAUCUCAUUUAGCUCCUUUUUGUACAUUUGUUUAUUUUUACCACCUCAGACUUUAUAGGUACAAGUUAUAUUUCUUCCCUACCAUUUUAGUUUAGAUGAUCAACCACUGAAGACUUAUGUAAAAAUUCCAUCUCCAUGUUUCAUUAGAAGUUUUCACUGUUUCAUAUGAGUCAUUGUAAAUAUUUGUAAUUUAUCUAGAUACACAGAAAAAGGAGAAAAUGUUAUGAGAUGAAUAGACUAGCUCCUUAGCCUCCUUCAGUUCUUAACAUGAUUUGUGCUUUUAAAGUAUUCUUGAGCCAGAUCUAGAGAUGCGCUUUCUUUUUAAGGAAUAUUCUAGCGACAAAACGUGGGCAGCCAUGUCGAUUUUAACUGUGUGAAGACAUUGAAGAUGUAGGAUAUGGAUUGAUAAUGUAAAUAGAUGUUGUAAUUUAAUUUCUUUUAUAGUUCAAAAGACUGUUUUGAAAUCUUUCUAAACGUAACAUGUACAUGAUGCAUCACUGUAUUUGGAAAAUAUAUGAAAGUUCGUUUUUUUUAUUAUUUGUAUGCAGUAAUUAUGUUAUGCUUAGUUUGUCAUGUUGUAUCGUCAAUGUAAUAAUGGCGUUGUGUGCUGAAAAAAAACUUCCUUGUUUGAUUUGAUCUGUUUGGUUAUAUAAUUACUGUUGAUAUUCACUCUUGUCUGUACUGUAUAUGUAAAACAUGAUGUGUUUAAAUACGACACAGAAAAGAAAAAAUACACUUUGGGAAAAGUUCCUUUUCUUUCAAUGAAUUUGAAUGCAAAAUACCAAAAAUAUUUCUGUUCAUUCAAUUUUGUGGGCCAAUAUUGUGUCAAAUGUAAAGCUUUACAAUUUCUACUACCCUUUUAUGCAGGAACCAUGAUAGAUAAAAUACUUUUUAGGUUUUUCUUGGGGCAGAUGCACAUCACUUCAAUCACAAAGUUGUACCGUCAUUAAGAUGACAAAGAAACAUCGGUUGUAUUAAACACAUCUAGUCUUUACAUCAAUUAGAAUUUUCCCCUCAAACAAAUGACCAUUAAUUUAGAGGUGUCUGUAAUAAGCACUCUAGUUAUCUUCAAUUGAGUCGUAUGGACCACGCCAUUUUUUCUCAGGUUUUUUUUCCAUUUCCUUUGCUGUAAUUAUUUUCGCCGUGAUUUCUUAUCCAAGCAUUAUUGCCAUCGCUCAUUAUUUUUAACUGCGACUUUCUCCCAUUCGAAAUGAGAUCAAAUUUGGUUUGUUAUUAAAAUGUUAGACCUUUAUCCCAUAGAUUCCAGUAAGUUUGAAUACUUUCAUAUUAAGCUGAAUUAAAGUAUAUUUUUCAAAAAUUCAAGAA